AUGCUCAUCAUCAAUCCUUCCCCAUAUUUUGGUGUCAGAACAAUAUUACCUGAGAAGUCUCAUUUGACAGAUCAUACCAUUAAAGAUUGUCACGGAACGCAAGGACACGCUGAUGUAGCUGAAACUUUAACUCAAGUUAGAGAAAAAUUUUGGAUACUAAAGGGUCGACAGCGUGUAAAGAGUAAUAUUAACAAGUGUGUGAUUUGCUACAGAUUUAAAGCUAAGCCACUAAGUCAGGAUAUCGCUCCUUUACCAACCGAAAGAAUAACAGAGGCAAAUCCCUUCGAAGUUGUAGUACUUGAUUUUGCUGGUCCUAUGAGUACAAAGGAUGAAACUGGGAAAGCUUAUAUUGCUCUGUAUACAUGCGCUGUAACAAGAGCAGUGCAUCUGGAACUAGUAUCUAGCCAAACAACAAACAAUUUUCUUCUGUCCUUUAGAAGAUUUAUUUCAAGAAGAGGAGUAUGUCGAAUGAUAUAUUCAGACAAUGCAAAAACCUUCAAAAGAGCAGACGAGGAUUUACAAAAACUAUGGAAUACCAUCAAGGACACAGAAGUUCAAAAUUAUUUGGUAAUAAAAGUAUUGAGGUGGAAAUUCAAGUGUGGAAAAGGCGGCCUUGGUGGGACGGUUUCUGGGAAAUUGCAUUUGUUAGAUCUGAAAUAUCAAGUCAGGUACUUGAAGAAAAUACUCAUGAAGGCUUCAUUUAAAUUUGAGGAGCUGGAAACAGUUUUCAUUGAAAUUGAGGCAAUAUUGAAUUCACGCCUGCUGACUUAG